GCAACAGGAGCUCACCCCGUCGUGGGGAUUUGAACGACCGAUCUUCUGAUCGGCAAGCCCUAGGCUCCGUGGUUUAGACCACAGCGCCACCUGCAUCCCGAGAUGCUGACAAUACCCAGCUCUAUUUGUGGCAUCUGAAUCAACAGAAGCCACACAUGUCCUAAACACGUGGACUGGAUGAAAGCUGUGACUGAAUGCUGACAAGAUGGAGAUCUUUAACGCCUUCCCUUACUUCAACUAGGAAGCAAACCAUGGAGUGUCUGGCUUUGCAUUGCAUGUGAACGAGCACUCAUGGUUUGUUUCUUCCUAGACAAAAAUAGAAGCCGAAACCAAGGUUUGUUCUUGAUUUACUGCUCAUGGAUCAUUUAGAAAAACAAACAAUGGACAACCAGUCUGUGUGUCCAGUCACUCCAUGUUUUAUUUCCUAGCUUCAGUCAAGACAAAGCAAAGAUGGCACAUAGAGAUCAACAAGAAAUGUUGUCCAGGCCAAUCUCUACACAGGUUGAAUUGUUUGACAAGGAGACCAAACACCAGAGAGAUCAGUGGUCUCCUGAAUUGCCAACUGCACUUAAUAAGGUACUGAAAUUGGGGGCGGAGGUGAUCCUCUCAAAGCAGGAGGAGAAGCAACCAAACAAGAAGAAACCUAGCUCUGCGUCUACAUUUCGGACUAGGCCACAAUCUGGAAAGACGGGGAAAGGAACUCUGUCAAGCACAAAACUAAGACCACGUGACAUUCCAAGUGCCGCAGAUGUUGCAGUCCCAGACUUCUCUCUUGCUAAGACAAUUGGGAAAAUUGAAGGGCAACUUGAAGAAGGAAACUAUCCUGAUCUAGAGGACGAUCUUAUCCCCAGUGCAGGAAGUGAAAUUGGAGCAGAGGCCCAAAUCCGGUUCCUAAAGGCAAAGCUUCGUGUUAUGCAGGAGGAGCUGGAUGCCAUGGGACUAGAAUGCAGUAAGAAGGAUGAAGAGAAUCAGAAUUUAAGCAGCUCCCUAAAAGAGGCUGAAGAAGAGCGUGGGAGGCUGCAGCGAACAGCCAGUGUACAGCAAUCUCAAAUAGAAAAGUAUAAAAUGCUGUCAGAAGAAGCAAACAGAAAAAGUGAAGGACUGCAGCAGAAGUCCUCUGCACUAGAAAAGGAACUGGAGAAUGUGAAGCGAGCCCAAAAGCAGGCUUCAGCCAGCCAGAGUACAAUGGAGGUUCGCUUCAACAGAGCUCUUGAAGAAGCAGAGAAAUAUAAAAUGGAACUGAAUAAACUGAAGCAAAGUAACAAGGAUUUAGUCAACCAGGAACAUAAAAAGCUUGAAGAACUGAAAAUUGAGAACAAGAGGCUGGAGAAACAAAAGAGAGAGCUGAUGACAGGAUUCAAGAAACAAUUAAAGUUAAUUGAUAUAUUGAAGAGACAAAAGAUGCACAUUGAAUCUGCAAAGAUGCUUUCUUUCACUGAAGAAGAGUUUAUGAAAGCCCUGGAAUGGGGAAAUUCUUAAUGUUCAACACUAUACAUGGACGGAAACACAAUUAACAUUCAGCACUAUGGUGGCUCAAAAGCAAAUCCAUCGAAGUUUUCUGAAACACUGGAAUGUGUUAAUUUUAGUGUAGUAUCGGCUCCUGUUUGGUGUCUCCUCCCCACUGUUAUUGCCAGCUGCCAUUUCGUUCAUCUUUCUCCAUAUGUAAUUGUACUGACGACUGCUGUUGUCUUCCAGGUUACCAAGGCUAGCUUGGGGAGCUUCACAUAUUCCACUGACACUAAAGACUCCCUUAAGUUUAUGAAUUACUUCAUCAGUAGCUUAGUAAAGCCAUUUUGUUUAUCACAAUAAAGUUGUUAUUUUCCAAG